AUCCAUGCUCUAACCACUUGGAUAGAAUGGCAGAUGUGUUCCUCUGAAUAGGGAAAAACUUUCCCACGUGGUUCUUUCACGAAUUCAUGUUACUUUACGCACAAAAACGAAGAUAACUCAUCGAAAAACAUGACUAUCACUUUUAGUUUAGUUAUCUUAGUUUUAUACUAUUUAUUAUUUACAAGUUAUUGCUGGAAUUUUUCUAAAAAUAAUGUUUUAGCUGAAAAUGUUGCUGUUAGUCAAUAUUUUGUGAAUGUAAGUUUCGAAGAAAAUGACACCAAUUUUCCUUCCGAAAUUUUGAGUCUAAUUAGAAAAAGUAGAACUUCAUCUAAUUUUAAUCAGUCAUGGCCAGUAAAAAGAGUUUCUGAAAUUGAUGGUGAUAUCAUCUUAGGUGGACUGAUGAUGAUACAUGAGCGAGAAGAUCAAAAAAUAUGUGGUCCCAUAAUGCCUCAAGGCGGGAUACAAGCCUUAGAAUGCAUGUUGUAUACCAUGGAUUGGGUAAACAAUCAAAAGAAUUUUUUACCCGGAAUCAAACUUGGAGCUUAUGUAUUAGACGAUUGUGAUAAAGAUACUUAUGGUUUAGAGCAAGCUGUUGAUUUUAUUAAAGGUAUUUAA